GGGACUAUGAUGUAGAUAUGCUCGUAAAAGGUUAUAUUAUGUUGCUAAACACACAUUAAAAUCGUUUGAUAUAUUUAACCAAUAAUAAGACUUUUAGUGAAAAAAAUGUAAAUAAUAUCCUGUUUAUCUUAUUUAACCUAGUGAACCGUUGUUGAAUAAAUAAGUUAUGUGUGUACUAAGUUUGUGACAGUAAUAGGAAGUUUAGUUUCAAUGUUAUUCGCAAAUCGCAGUUUACUUAGUCAUGCGCACGAUCAUAAUCUAAUAUAAUAAAAUCAAAUAAAUAUUCCUCGUGGUAUUAAAUUUCAAUUAUUCAAGUUUUUAACUGAUAACUUUCGAGAAUCCAAGUUUUAUUUAAUUACGAAACAUAAACUGUCAAUUGAUGACAUAAUGUAAUAAUUGCGGCAAAUUCAACAAGCGCGUUUUUGAUAACGUUAUUUAUUGAUCUGACUCAUAGUCGGUACACUGGACUUAAUAUUAUACAAAUAACACAUAAUGUCAGAGAAUAAUAAGAAAAGAGGAAGUAGUUUCCGCAAAAUGUUUCCAAGUUUAUUUUUUUCAAAUAAAAGUAAAGAAAAGACUACGAUAAAACAUUCCAAUCCUAAAAUGAACACUGAAUGUAGCACAAGCCGUAGUAAUCACUAUCAAACUCAUCAAACAUUUACAAGGUACGACAACCAGACGGAAAGACCACAAGAACACGACGAAAGAAUUUAUGAAAAUCUUUCAACAACAUCGUUUGUUCCGAAUGUAAAUAAUUCCAGUAGUGUUGACAACAGUGUUCUAAGUAAUCAUUCUUCUAGCAGCACUUUGGUGUCGGAAAAUGUUAGGAAUGUGAAGCAGCAAAAUAUAGCUUUACUAAAUGAAAAUGAAACUGAUGAUAUAAAAUACAUGGCAAGACCACAGGUUCCGCCAAAGCCUCAAAACGAAAUAUAUUCUUCACAAUAUAAAAUACCUUACCCAGAUGUAUAUUAUCACUCCCUUGAAAAACUGACGGAUAAAAUAUCACCUUUGGAUGAAAUUGAAAUUUAUAGAGCAACAAAAGCACACGCGCAUCCAGCAUCUGUAGGAGCAGAAAUUAAAAAAGUCAGUACGAAAUUCUUGAUAUCCCCGAAAAAAGAAGCGGAUGUGCGUAUGAUUCAGCCAAUAAGAGCUCGAAGUCUUUCACCGGAUAAGGAAAAACCUAAAAAUAUCGAGAAAAGUCUCCCAGUUUCUAAAACAGAAAGAUUUCUCGAAAAACCUUACAAUUAUUCAGCACCAACGUCUCCUGUAGCUAUCGGUCAUAAAAUUCCGAAUAUGCCUACAACUGUUUCGCCCUACGAGCAUGUUAGAAAAACUAUGAUUGAAGCGGAAGAAAAAAGAAACUCUAUAAAUAGGUCACAUUUACGUUACAAAUUUACACCACCCAUAUCACAAAGAUCCUCUUCCAGCAUACCUAAAUCUCCUUCACUAUCGAAAGAAAAAGUUAAAAUAGAGGAUUUAAUAAAGAAAGAAAAUACUCGACAAAAAGUGGAGGCCUUUUAUUGGCAAAAAAUAAAGGAACUGAAACAGAGAGAAGAUGAAUAUCUUUUGAGGCAAUCAUUGAAUAGUUCGAUGAAAGGACCUAAAAUAUACAACAGGACUUACUCCAAUUCAAACUGUAGUACUCCUAAUUCGCUUGUUGUUGAUUCCAGAAGUUGUAGUUUACCACGAGGAUCGGAUAUAAAUUGUGCCUCUCAUCAGGGUGUAUAUGGCACCUCGCCAUUUAUAAGAGGAGCUCCAGAACGGAGAACUGAUUCGUAUAUUAAUAAUCGGUCUGUUUAUUCGGGAACCGAUGAUGUUUACAGACAUCCUGAAAAGUUGAUUGAAAAUACAAACGUAGAUUUUAGGUUGCCUAAUCAAAAACAAAAUAUCAAUACAGUUUCGUCGAAACGAAUAAGUGCCGAUAGACAAAAUUAUGUAAUUACUCAUGUAAAUAAAAAUGUUCGUAAAAGUGAACCAUUUAGGGUAAAAUUGGAUUUUGGGAGAAAUCAUUUGAACAAUCCACCUCAACCACCAUUGCGUACAACAAGUGUAACAAGUUCUGAUAGUAAUUACAGGUUAAUUGAUAACAAUAAAACUACUUUUAAUUCUAAAAGUGCUAUACGAUCAUUGUGUUCGGAAUCGGAAAGUGGCUCUGAAGCUGGAGAAAUUCAAAAAAUAAUGGAGAGUCGUGCUCAAAAAGAAGAGGAUUGGCAGGGAGAUCCGAGGAGUGACGGUGGACUAUCAGACGGGGAAGCCAGCCGUGGACUUACUCGUGGACGACCCUCUCGCCGAGACGACCCGAGGCGACACACUCUUGCAGGCAAUCAUAAUAUUUACAUGCACCAACAUCAUCCAGGACAUAUCAGUACAAUUGACAUCGAGCCACACUGUGCUGCGAAGAUGCCGACAAUAAAACCAGAGUAUUCAACUGUCGCUAAAUAUCGCGACAUGAAACAGAAAUUUUUAGAUCCUCGUUUGAGAAAGCCUCCUCUACCGCGUUAUCCGCCGCCUAACAAUGCCUUGCUUUUCGAUGACGACCCCGGGGUCAUGUCGGAAGUCGAGACUUCAUCCACGGGGUUUCGCCGUGGUGGCAAGCAACGUUCUUCUCUCCCCGUCGUCCGAACACCUUCGAAAACACUAGAGAGGCCGCUCGGUCUUGUAUUCCUUCAGUACAGAAAUGAGACAAAACGAGCCUUGCUGCCGAAUGAAAUAACUUCGAUAGACACUGUAAAGGCACUAUUUGUCCGAAGUUUUCCGAAGCAGCUCACAAUGCAAUAUAUGGACAGUGAAAACGUUAAAAUUUAUAUUCAUGAAAACACGAAAGAUAUGUUUUAUGAACUAGAGGAUGUGAGGGCUCAUCUAAGGGAUAUUCGCGACCGUUCAGUUCUGCGGCUUUUCGAAGCGACAGACAUCGGCGGCGGUACGUUCCCGGGGGCGAUGGGCGUCGGGUCGGUUCCCAUGCCGACGGGGAGCUCAAGCUGCUCUUCGUCUACGUGGGACCCUGAACAGAACUACUUCAGUGAGCCUGAGAUCGACUCCGAUUAUCACUCACAGUCUCAGCACGUGCACAAUAAAAAUAAGGUGAAAGCGCCUGCUUACUAUAUGGGAGGUCCUGCUCCGAGCACUUUACCUCGCGGUGGAGCCGUCUUGAGGGCCUACUCCCCAGCUGCGCCCCCUGUGCCGGCUGAUCGUACGAAGCAAAAUCCUUGUCCCUCUGCGCCACCAAAACCAGUGCGCUCGUACGUUCCGGGGGGCGGCUCAGAGCGCUGUUUCCCCUUCGCCGGAGCUGAUUGUCCCCGUGGUACCGAUCAACUAUACUCUAUUCCUGCGCAUUCUGGAGAUGGAUACAUGUCUUCGCCUGAGCGAGUCAUCGCCCCCCGGCCCUACGAAGACCCUUAUUACACCCAAUUCCUAGGAUCUGCUGCCGGGAGGCCGUCUAUUGCUCCGGUCAUCGAUGAAGAAGCCAACGAAACGGUCAUAAUUGAUGACUCGUACCAGAUGUAUGGAGUAAACCCGAUCACUUCUGCUCCGCGACCUAUGUCCCGGCCCCCAUACGACGGCAGGAUUGGUCCACCUAUCGACGAUAUGCAACGCCUCCGCGUAGAAAACAUGGAGCGCCAGCUCGCGAAUCUUACAGGGCUUGUACAAAAAGCUCUGCAGGUUCCGGGAACAUCUGCAGCAGCAUCAGCCCCGCCUGCAUCGCCGAGGCUGGAUUACCAGACCUACACUACAAGACCUGCUGGUCAGGAUGCCGAUCGAUUGGCCAGCAACGAGAGACCUCCCAAAUUAGGGAGGGACAGAUUUCAGAAGUCUGUAUCUUUUGAGAAAUCGGUAUCCUUUAGUGAUGACCCACCAGAUAUGAACUCUCCUAAACAACAUUCUCCACAACAUUCAGCCGAUACCAAACCAACAAAACCUGCAAUCAAGUCAUCAACUUUACCAAGGACGUCAUCUCAAGAACGUGAUCGGCUUAAGCCAGCACCGCCACCGAAGCCGGCUGGUCUAGUGGGACAGCAACUGAAUCUGGUGCCGCAAAGGACCUACACUCUGAACGUCAAUCCGGACUUUUUCAACCAGCUUCGAGUACUUCAGAAGCAAAGCCGCGAUCUGAGGAUCGAGACCCGCAAUCUUCGUCGUUCGACCCUGUCGCACUCCAUACAAAUGAGGCAAAUGAUGGCUGAGGCCAUUGUAAAAAUUGGUGAUAUAGCUGCCUCUUUUUGCGAUGAUGAUAACGAUACACUGGCGCGCGAAGAAGAGAUAUAUCGUCAAGACAUGCUGCUUCUUGAGAACGACUUGUAUGAACUAGAAGCUACUGUGGAGCGUCUGCGUGGCCAAGCAGCAAAUAGGGAGACUCGUGUCAAUAUGGCGGAUAUCGAACGCAUUGCUAUGGUUCUCUCAAAAAGUAGCAAGACAGUCGCCGAUUGGAAGCUCAAGUUUCCGAUACUGCAAGAAACUAUGAAGGCAAAACUGGCCGCAGAAAUGGAGAAGGUGGUCCGGAAGGAGAAAAUGCUUGAAGAAGAACCGGAACGCUUAGAGUUGGCUUUGCGUCGUUGCAAGAAACUUACUGGAACUCUUGUGACUCUGAAAAGGUUGGCUUGCGUACAAGAGCAACGCUUGCCAAUCACUGACGGCCGUGUUUCUCCAAGCUCUUCUCAGAGCUCAGCCACUGCUGGCCCGUCUUCAGAGGAUUAUAAUUCGGAGAAUGCUUGUGCACUUCCUCCGACCAAUAAUAAGGGUGCCGCCGUCACCGGGCGAGCAGCUGCGGGCCGGGGAGCAGCUGAAGUGCGGCCGGAGAACGCCCUCGAUGCGCUACUAGAUGAACUUCAAACUUUCUCUAAACCACCGGAGCGCGGCGGACGGGGCGAGGGGCCCUUGCGCCGGCUACACUCAUAUCCCAGCGGCAGCGACACGGAUGCUUCACCUCCCGUGCGCGCGCGCGGCCAACAUCCACCCAAGCCGCCAGUCCCCGAGCGCCAUCCAGAACUGCUCGCGAUGGCCGUGCGCCGAGCCCCGCCGCCCCCGCCGCCGCGUACCACUUCCCGCUCGCCUCUCGCAUCUCCUACAUCGCCUUCCUCUCCACCCCGACCUGAUUCUUCCGACUCCAACGAUGAGAAAACUGCUUCGCGUCAGGCACUCCUAGAACAACGGCAUCAGGAACUCCUAAAGAAACAAAAAGCACUACAAGAACAGUACGCUCGCUUGCAGAUGAUUCAGCGAAGCGGGUCAACGCUGCCGCCUAACGCGCAACCAGAUUUGAAGAAAACCGGUAGUGAGUCAAACUUGCUCACCAAACUUAGCCUGAACCUGGCACCAGCUAAUAUUUCGGGAAGCAUGACGCACUUGGCUGGUGACUGCGACCCAAAACGGAGCGAGGCGUCACCCGACGACACUCAGUCGACAGCGCCUGACGCGGUCGCGACCACCAACAAAGUGUACGAGACGGACAUCCUGUGACCGUGUCAAUUUGGCUUUAUAUCUGUUUAAGUUAACCUAAGUUGUUGUAGUAAAUAAUUUAUACUGUAGUACAUUUAUACUGAUUCAACGUGUGCGUAAUAACAACUAAUAACAAUCAAUUAGUCGCUAUUGCACACAUGGACAUUUUAUUAUGUUUGUUAAAGUCCAAUCGUAUUAAGUUGUUUGUAUGAUACACUUGCUAUAAUUUCCUUAUUUGGUGACUAAUUUUCGUCCCCGUAUACUUAAAAAUUGCUACACGCGCUGCGCUCUCUCCGAACUUUAAUCUAUCUCCUAUAUCUGUAAUCCUCUAAUCCUAACUUAUAAACAACAACAACGGCUAGAAUACCGGAUAACCGAAUUUCAUAUCAUUAUAAACGAUCAUAUAAUCAAAAAAAAAAAACAAAAAAAAAUCAGUGUUUAAGCGAACAGCUUAUUAUUGGUGUUUCUGUAACCCUUAGUAUAUGUCUAUUCCAUUCAAAUAACCAUUGUAGAUAACUGCGUCUCAUUUGCAAGCAGAUAGUAAAAAAAAAAAAAAAAACAAUAUUCGAAUAUUUUAUAUAAUUUUCAAAAACCCUGCAAGUAAAAAUAAAAUCAUAUGAGUAUUUCGGGCCAAUAGAAAUAACCAAAUUACACCAAAAGAACGUUAUAAUGAACAAGAUUAUUUUUUUCAAUGUUAAAUUUAAGUAUCUACUUGCAAAUGACAGCAGAUUUAGAAUUCACUACGUAUAAUACAUGUACCGUUCUACCGUAGUAAAAAAAAUGCUGUCUCGUAAAUGUCUACCUGAUUGGGUUCAAGAAGAGGAUGUUAUGGCUGGGCGAGACUUGGUAAGGGCAGUUUUGAGACGUUAUUAACAACUACCUGCAGUUAAGAGUUAACGGUAAAGAACGUUUAGUCAUAUAAUCAUCAAAUUUUACCAUUAGCGUAAAUGUGUAUGAAUCGUGGUAUCUUCUCUCCUAUUAUAUACAUAUAUACUUUAUACCGUAUGUAUGUAACUAAUUACAUAAUAUAUAACCUUACCUAGUCCCUAAAAUUUGUACCUAUACCAUAAUAAUAUUUUACACUUAUGUGCCAAAUACUUUUUUAUAACCUUCUCGUCUUUCGGUUGAUCAGGUUUUUACCACAAAAUAUUUGCUCUUAUUUUAUAUUUCUGGCACAACGAAAUCUUAAUACUAUUAUCAAUUAAAAUUAUCGAAAUUUGGAUUUUCUUUAUAAACUAAUUAAUAUUUUUGACGGUUACAUUUGAAAUCAAACAAUCAUGAACGUAAUUCCGCAAAUCGGAUCAUAAUAUAAAAGGCAAAACUUGAUUGAACAGUGGAAUGUAAAUUUAAAAAAUCUUUACGAUAUAUCGUAAACAGGAAUUCGGAAUACCGAUAACAUAAAUAAAGCGAACUGCAGCAACAAUAGUAAAAAUUAAAAAUAAAUAAAUCGCAAAAAUUCCAACAUAUACAUCAAACAAACGGUAAUAUAAAAAUCAUAUUAAAAUUGACUGUGAUAAAACAAAAGCUAUAAUGAAUACACGAGAAUUGAAUUCUGAAAAUUUUGUAAAACGGCUUACUAAACUUAACUCAACUGAAAUCAGAGAAAUCUACUUUUAUAUUUACAACCAAAUUAAUAAAAAAAAAAAAAACAAUACUACUAAAUUCGUACUCGCGCAUCAAAAUCCGUCAAUAAUAUUAGUAUAGUUAAACCGAACAUUUUUCACCUAAUAGCGUACUUGUGGUCAAAUUGUUUGAGAAAACGAACGAGUGAUAUUGUUGUAUAGAUGUGUUAAAAUAUUCUUAUUUUUAGACUCAAACUAUAUCUGCAUUAGACAAUGUAUAGAGUCUAGUAUUAGCUAUAGAACGUAUAUGUUAUGCCAAAUAAAUGUGCGCUUUCUAAUGUUUUCGCGUCUCACGACAACUCUCGCGGUACCAUGAUAUUCAAGGAACUAUGUGUUCGGCUAUAAUUAAAAAUAAUACAUUCAAUAUGUGCUUAAUUCAAUUUUCGUCUACGUUAGGCUAAGACCGCACUGCAAUUUAACAUCGCGCGUUUUUUGUUUGUUAAUACAGAUUUAUACAAUUCCUGCAGCGGUUAGUAUCGUCUACGCGCAUACCUCUAUUCGAAAACUAAGAUCAUCAAAAAAAUAUGCACAUCCAUACAAAUCUGACGUAGUGUAGUGCGGAUUUAAACGGCAAAAAUAAAAAUCGCGUGGUGUGAUUUCGCAGCGUCCUUAGCCGUAAUCAUUUGAUUCCGCUGAAACAAACCAAUCCUUAAUUUAAAGAAAUCUUGAAAUAAAUUGAUUCAUAGGAGAUUACUUUGAAUACAAUAAUAUGAUAUUGUAACAUCUCAUUUGUUUUCAGUGAUACAUGGAACCGCAGAGUGUCACACUAUUUUAUUAUAAGUGCACAGUAUUAACACGCACUUAGAAAUUAUUUAUAAAACACUUACGAUUGAAAAAAAUAUAAAUUCCAUAAACACCCUACCUUUGGGAGAAAAUCUCGUCUGAUUAAUGGUCACACGGUGUAAUUGUACUUUAUUUAUAUAAUAUUAUAUGAACUAUUAAAAUUUUUUAUCAAAUUAUAUACGGAACCAAUAUUCACUGUAGGGUUAUAUAAACUGGUACAGAUAUCUUGAAGUAUUUCAAAAGAUAAUAAUUGAAAUUUUGAAAAUUUUUAAAAUAAAUUGUACAAUACAUUUUAUAACUGCAGAAUUACAUUAUACAGAAUACAAUAACAACAAUUCUUAAAUAUUAUUUCGACUGACAAUAAUAUUUCAUUUUAUUUUAUAAUCGUCGUAAUUAAAUAACAAAAAUCCACAGUGCGUGUUUGGUUCCAUUAAAGUAGAUAAAAUAAUGCUUGUUAGCAAUUUAUUGUGCAAUUAGAACCAUAACUUGCGAAAACUACCACUUACCGUCUUGCUAAUAAAUCUGAACGAACAGAAAUCAUUCAAAAAAUUUGAUUCUUAACUUAAAUUGACGUUCACAACUCGACAUCUAAAGACAUACGAGUGUGUAUUAUAAUGUUUGCAGCCAAAAGACAGGAAAGCAUUAACGGCUUUACUGAAUACACAAAAAAAAAAACUUUCUUUCGUUUAUUAUCAAGACGGUUUAAGUCCGAGUCAAAAGCACUCAUAUUUUAAAUGAAAUAAUAUUUUAUUACUUAAAUUUUAAGUACUAAUUUGCUAUGCUGUUUAUCGACUAUUUUUAUGCCAUCAUGGAUUUGAUAUUUUACAAAAUAUUUUUUACAUUUUCGCAUCUGUACAUCUCAAUAUUGCGAGAGCCCUUUAAAUGGCAAUAAUGCUGUCGGAUUGCGAAGGUAUUAUAUUAUUUGCGAUGUAAUUUAACACGUGUGUAUUAUCAGACAUACAGAAUUAUAUAUCUUCCCUCACAUUCAUAAAUAUAGUAUUAAAUUAUGUGUGUCAAUGGUUAACUUCUAGCUUAGGAAUUGUAAAACUGUAUUUUUCCAAUUUCUUUUCUAUUUAUACUUAUUUCAUAUUUUAAUUUGUAAAAUAUUGAAGUUAUUUUUAUAUAAGUAUUAAAAAUUAUAAAUUUUGCAUGCAUUGCGGUUCUCCGAUUAUAUUAUUUUGUUACGUUUCGUGCCAAAUAUGUUGUUUUGUAAAUUAUUAUUAUUAUUAUGGCGAAAAUCAAAUAUUAUAUAACAUCAAAUAUUAUAUCGAGCUAAAUUUAUUUCUUUUAGAAUUCGAUAAGUUGUAUUUGUUGAAUUUAAAGCUUAAAGCUUUUGUAGUGGUGUUGUUAUUUUUGAAAUAUCUUUGUAGUUAUGUUUAGUUAAAUUUCAUGUUAUUUCAUUAGGUUAAAACAAAAAUAGCUUCAAAUAUUUUAAACUAAUUGUGGAUUAAAAUUAUAAACGUCAAGUUAAAAAAAA